UAAAGUAUGUAAAUAUCUCCGCUAGGGUAGAGUAUCACUCGCUGGAACAGAUGAAAAAUGUCAUGAUAUAUAACGAUUAAAGGUUCAUUAGAACAAAUUGGAAAAGUGUCGAUGUUUAAAUUUUCCUCUGUGUACCUUUUUAGGAUAUAACUCAAAUGGUUGCCGCUCAACAGUAUUUAUUGUUUUUGCUGCUCAUAGCUGUCCUGAAAGGGAUGAUGCCAAUCUCGUACUCGUACCCAGAUUCCACCUUGUAACCAAAAUGUAACCGCUUGGUAGUGGAAAGUCUGGGUACGAGACUAGGAUAACGCAGAUUAUGGCAGCAAAAAUGAAACGUCAUAUGGCUUCUUUGACCCUUUACCGACCCCCACGAUUUGAUUGUUAAUUCUCUCCUCUAACUGCUGCACGUUUCCUUAUAAAUUGGUUACAAGAAUUUGGUGUUAGAUCAAACUAACAACUCCUGCCUGAUAAGUUUGAGUAUUCUCGUCAUUAAGGGGUUAAUGGUGGAGAUAAAAUUCUUGUUUUCAGAAAUAUGCCUCUCCUUCGAAAUGCCUUGCGAAGUUAAUGGUGGAGCCGAAAGAUCACUAUCCGGAUUUACAUCGACUAUUUCAUCUCCUUGCCCUUUGCGCCGGGCGCGCAAAAACAUGUGCAAAAAUGAAGCGUUCUUACAAGAAGUCAUCGCUGAGUGAUGAGCGGCAGCUAACAUUAAAUUUACUGAUGUGCUAUUCCUUAAAUUUCUGUUAGUGCAAUUAUUUUCUGAGACCACCGUUAGAGGAAAAAAAUUUUAAUAACCUUGAGACAACAUAUGCUCUUUUGAUGAGCACCUAUGUUCUCUGAGCAAAUACGAAGAAUUUCUUUUCCAAACAGGAAUGACAUUUCCAAUGAUUAUUUGCCAAAUUGUUCUCAACUUUUAACACGUGCAUUACACUAUAGAUCUUUUUUCGGAGUUUUCUGCGCUAUAAAAGCAAUUACUUAACUCGAUAUUUACACAAAGGUGAACGCUUUUAUGGCUCGUUGUAUUAGCAGCUGCUGAAGACCACUCUCAGCCAAUCACCAAAAAACUGAUAGUGACAAGCUUAUCAUCUUUUGAAAGAGUAAACGUCAGCUCUCUAAACAAAACUGAAAGAAAAAUCUCCUUUCAACAAAUACUGCAUAUCAAGCCCAUAUUUUGCCAAAACUAACGAGUUUGGAAAAAUUCUCAACAGACUGGAAUUUUAUGCUGCGAUGCAUUCAGAGUCGAACCUAAAACAUAUUUAUGCCCGCGAGCUAGAUUGUAGUCUUCUGCUUGACUGCCACUACUUGAAAACGCAAAUCAUCCUCGUCUGCCUUCUUCUGACUCUGAAACAAGUCACGGCCAUUGGCUGUUCGUACUCUGCAGUCCUGAAAGGCGAUUCCUGUUUCGAGCCCGGUGACCAUGUGACAGAAGAGGGAUGCGGACGACUUAGCGAAGAGUGUUGUGUUCAUUUAAAUAACAAAGUAAAAUUUAAAUGCCUCAGAACCAAAGAAAAACAGCCCCAUAAAGGAGGCUGCAGCAAAGUUUCAUUAGUAGAAAGAAGACCACUUAUGAACCAGUUUUUGGAAGGUGACGUUCUUCUGGAGUUCAGGGUUGUCUCUGAACUCCAUUGCUGGGACCACUGCAUACGGUAUAACUAUUGCAAAGCAUACAAUUAUCAUCAGACCAGUGAUCCGUCGUUAGAAAACUGUCAGUUGUUAAAAAGUGAUAUUGGUCUGUUAAAAGCCAGAGAAGGUCACACAUUUUACGUUAUACCCGAGCAAAACAAGGAUUCACAGAAUUUGCUGGGAAGUACGUGUCGCUAAAGAAUGCACCGAAAUCCUCUCGAGAUUCGUACUGACAAUGGACUUGACUGAAGGAUUGACAACAUUAAGAGGACUUUAAGAAGUUAACGAUGUGAAAACGCAACGCCUCUUUAAAGGGAAAGUUACGUGACAUACAUAGAAACGGCUGCGAAGGAGACUUCGAUAAAGCGUGGAGCCUCAGGAACAAGCAAAAGAUAACAUGAUUCGAGGAAGCUCGCCCAGACACGCAUUAAGUCUUUCUCUCAGAAUAAUUAUCAAAAGACCAACUUAAAUCCAAACAUCCAUAUUUUCCUCUACAGGUGAUAAAGAGAUUUUCUAGGAUCAGUAUCAGUGUCUGGGUAACGGCCCACCUACCCCUCCCUUAACCCAACAUUCACCCUAGCUUGUUAUCAGUUGACUGUUGUUGGGUUAGGGUAGGGGUAGGUGGGCAGUUGCCCAGAUACUGAUAUUAAUCCAUUUUCUAUACCACAAUUAAUAAAGAAAUUGAUUUUCAUUUUCGUGCUUUAAAAAGGCUUUUUCUUCAUAUUGCAUGACAACAUGGUUAGUCGAUCAAAGAGACUGUCACGCUUUCUCAGGACGUGAUUGAAGUAAAUUUUCCGAUUGCAAAAAAAAUGGUAUGAUCUUCGAAGAUAGCCUUGUUAAAGUAACUAAUGAACCUGUUUGAGAGUCGUUUUCAGUAUUCAGAUUUAAUAUUAACUGGUUGCUCAGUUGUUUAUUUGAUAUAACCAGCUGUUCGUGAUUAGCAUAUUACGUACAAUUAAAUAUUCAAUACAACAAUCAAUUACACCACUGAAAAACCGAAA